GGGUCCCAGUUGUUCUCCCCUGUCGUCCUGUCACUAUUUUCUCUUAUUCUCCCGUCCGCUCAGCUGGAGCUUGGCUUGGAGCUUUUGUCGCGCAGCCCCGGCCUUUAUUGAAACAGCUGCUUUGUUGCUCGGGACUCUGACGCUGGCCGCCGGCUCCUCUGUCCCCGCCCCGAUCUGGUCCGAGAGGUUUACGGGAACAAACUGGGCGGGCGGGGUCUGUGCGCCCCGAGGGGCUGGGGGCGAAUUCUAGCCGCCUCGGGGAGCGGGGAGCGCCUAGACUGGCCUGUCGUCGUGGAGGGACGCACAGUGCAAGACGAUGGACGUGCUCUGUAACAGAGCCAGACUGGUUUCCUAUCUCCCAGGAUUUUGCUCUUUAGUUAAAAAGGUGGUCAAUCCCAAAGCCUUUUCAACAGCAGGAUCUUCAGGUUCUGAUGAAUCUCAUUUGACCACUGCACCCCCAGAUAUAUGCUCUCAAACAGUGUGGCCUGAUGAAACUAUGGGACCAUUUGGACCUCAAGAUCAGAGAUUCCAGCUUCCUGGGAACAUAGGUUUUGAUUGUCACCUCAAUGGGACUGCACCACAGAAUAAAAGCCAGGUCCAAAAAACUCUACCUGAUGUUCUAGCAGAACCUUUAUCAAGUGAAAGACAUGAGUUUGUGAUGGCACAAUACAUUAACGAAUUUCAGGGUAACGAUGCACCUGUUGAACAAGAAGUCAACAGUGCAGAAACUUAUUUUGAAAGCGCCAAAGUAGAGUGUGCGAUCCAGAUGUGUCCAGAGUUGCUGCGAAGAGAUUUUGAAUCACUGUUUCCAGAAGUAACCACCAAGAAACUAAUGAUUCUGACUGUGACACAGAAAACUAAGAAUGACAUGACUGUUUGGAGUGAAGAAGUAGAAAAUGAAAGAGAAAUGCUCUUAGAAAAGUUCAUCAUUGGUGCUAAGGAAAUUUGCUAUGCUCUUCGAGCUGAAGGCUAUUGGGCUGACUUUAUUGACCCAUCAUCUGGUUCAGCAUUUUUUGGACCAUAUACAAACAACACUCUUUUUGAGACAGAUGAACGCUAUCGACACUUAGGAUUCUCUGUUGAUGAUCUUGGCUGCUGCAAAGUGAUUCGUCAUAGUUUCUGGGGUACCCAUGUGUUUGUAGGAAGUAUCUUCACUAAUGCAACACCGGACAGUCACAUUAUGAAGAAAUUAAGUGGAAACUACCAAUAAUGUCAGUUUAUUUGGCAUACUAGUGUAUGUACUAUUUGGUUUGAUCUUUAAAUACUGUCAAAGGCUUCAGUUUUUAAAGUUUCCUUAUUUUUAGGUAUUUAUUUCAAUAUCAAUGAAUUUACAGCAUUGGCAGGUGGUGUGUGAUCUUUAAAUCUCACAUGUCCACUCAUAUUAUGAUUGACUACAUGCUGAGCACAUCCAAAAUAUACAGAAUGCAGUAAUUAAGAUGUAACCAGGGUAUGAUCUCAUACUACUAUUUUUCUCUGAAAAUAAAUCACACAUUUGGUUAUGAUAA